AUGUCCAUCGACCUCUCUCUCGACAGAAUCCGCGCCCUGAGCGCACUUUUACCCGCAUACACUCGGCCAACGGUACAUAUCGCGGGUACGAAUGGGAAAGGGAGCGUAUCCGCUCUGCUGUUUUCUAUCCUACGCGCGACGGAGCCCAAGCUGGACGUCGGGCGGUUCAACAGUCCACAUCUGAUCUCGGUUCGCGAUUGCAUCGUGAUCAACGGUCAACCAGUGGACGAGGCCACCUACGCUUCCGCUCGGAACGAAGUCGAAAGCGUCGACAGGACACAUGCUGUCGGAGCGAGCAGCUUCGAGUUGCUCACCGCUACCGCCUUGCUCAUCUUCGAGAGAGCUGCGCUGGACAUUGUCAUCUUGGAGGUGGGCAUGGGAGGCAGGCUGGACGCGACGAACGUGAUCCCGACGGAGUGGGUGAUGGUGUCUGCGCUGACCGCCGUCGAUUUGGACCACCAAGCGUUCCUCGGCGAUACCCCCUCGGCCAUCGCGAGAGAGAAGGCGGGAAUCGCGCGCCCGAACGUCCCUUUUGUCUUAGGACGCCAGCGCUUCGAUGAGGUCACGCAAAUCGUUGCAGAGAUUGUUGGAGAGACGCUUGUCGAUGUCUACCACAGCGUGCAAUUCACCAUGUCUGCAUUCCCCGAACCCUUGAACGCUCCUCUCCCUCUUCUCGGCGACCACCAACUCGACAACCUCGGCGUAGCGAUCACGAUCGUCGACGUGCUGCUCACCCACCCCCGUUGCGCAUCCUUGCGACUCCGGACGCGCGUCACGCCGUUAUCAAUUACCCGCGGCAUUGAGGAGACCACCUGGCCGGGUCGUCUUUCUUUCCACGCGCAUACCCUCGAAUCAGGACACAUGAUCACCAUUCUCGCCGACGGCGCGCACAAUCCCGCCUCAGCUGAGACGCUCAGCAAGUUCGUCCACCAGUGGCUGCAGCUGCGACGCAACACCCCCUUCCGCCUCAUCUACGUCCUCGGCCUAUCUCACUCGCCGCCUAAGACGCCGAAGGAGACAUUGCAGCCUUUGUUCCGCAAAGUUAAGACCCUUGCCGCCUUCAAAAUCGCGGACCCAAAAGUCGCGGUGCUGCGCUUCACACCGCCCGAGGGGAUGCCCUGGGUCAAGUCUGUGCCUCCUUCGACGCUCAGUAGUGUCGUC